UCGAUUCAUCCCGGAAGCAGGUUGAAGGCCGUUGUGGUCACUGUGGUCUCUCUGGUCGGCCCGCCCAGGGGCGAAGGGGUUGUGUUGCCGCCAUGGGGGAAUCAGACCCCCGCUACCCUUGCUCCUCGAUCGAGGAUGACUUCAACUAUGGCAGCUGCGUGGCCUCCGCCAGCGUGCACAUCCGAAUGGCCUUCCUCAGAAAAGUCUACACCAUACUUUCUCUGCAAGUUCUCUUAACUACAGUGACCUGUACAGUGUUCUUAUACUUUGAGUCUAUACGGACAUUUGUACAUGAAAGUCCUGCCUUGAUUUUGGUGUUUGCCCUCGGAUCUUUGGGUUUGAUUUUUGCAUUGACUUUAAACAGACAUAAACAUCCCCUUAACCUGUACCUGCUGUUUGGAUUUACACUGUUGGAAGCUCUGACCGUGGCAGUUGUUGUUACUUUCUAUGAUGUAUAUAUUAUUCUGCAAGCUUUUGUACUGACUACUACAGUAUUUCUUGGUUUGACUAUAUACACUCUACAGUCUAAGAGAGAUUUCAGCAAAUUUGGAGCAGGGCUAUUUGCUCUUUUGUGGAUUUUAUGCUUGUCAGGAUUCUUGAAGAUAUUUUUUAAUAGUGAGACAGUGGAGUUAGUCUUGGCUGCUAUGGGAGCCCUUCUUUUCUGUGGAUUCAUCAUCUAUGACACACACUCACUGAUGCAUAAACUGUCACCUGAAGAGUAUGUAUUAGCUGCCAUCAGCCUCUACAUGGAUAUUAUUAAUCUAUUCCUGCACCUUUUACGGUUUUUGGAAGCAGUUAAUAAAAGUAAUUGAAAGCCGUAUACAGAACUGUUUUAUUAAGUAAUAAAAGUUGAGACAUAAUUAAAUAUUAAAUACUUUUAUGGUCUUUAUUGGUAAUCUGUGUACUUCUGAGUUUUGAAAUCUUAUUAUUCUUUAUGGUUUAUCAUUUCCUAAUACUUUGAUUUAGAGUCUCAGGUAAGAGAUAUUCAAAAUUAUCUUUUUUUUGCUUUUUUCAGCCCUAAGUUCUAACUAUACCUACCUGUUGGUAACUCAAAAAUAAUUUUAUGAUCAUUUAAAGUAUUGAUUUGUCUUUAGUGAUUCAAUAUAAAUUUUCUCUUGAACAACAGAUUUGAUUUGAUUUCUAAAACACUAGUGUCUUUACCAUUAUAAACACUAGUAUUAGUUGAAGUGUAAAUCUUUUACUAGAUUUUAAUCUUAUUUAGAAGAAAAAUAAUAUAAAAGAUAAAUUCCAAAGUAAUUACUCAGUAUUAUAUUAAAAUGUUAAUGAUGUUUCAUUAUAAAAUGAUGUAUUAGAAAUUAAAGGUCUACUUGAAAGUCAGAUAUGACAGAAUUCGAUAGUAGUUACUUAUCUUUUUAUGUAAAGGUUUCAUUUUAAAAUUAUAGAAAGGUCAUAUGGUUAAAGGAGACCCCCAAAGAUACUGGUUCAUCUGACAUUUAGUGUAUGUAUUCAAAAUAAAAAUAUUUGAAAACUAG